AUGGACUGGCUGACACUGGUAACACCUGAUGAAAUGGAAAGAGUCGGUAGGAGAGCAAAAAGCAUUGAGGAGCUGGAGGCCGCAGUAAUGAAAUACGUGAGAGGUAAAAUGAAGGUUGUACAUACAUACGAACCGGAAUGUGUUGAAUGUGGUAGUAAGUCUAUUGUAGUAAUAGAUGGAGCAGAUGUAUGCACACAAUGUGGUACAAGUGACAGGAAUGGCUUUACAUACUAUGUUAGUUACAACCACAACAAGGACGACUACCUGAAAAAGAAGUCUUGUCAUAAUAGAGUCCGUUGGUUUGAGAGACACUUAUUAGAGCAUGUUGCUUCAGGGGAUAGGGAUACCAUACGGGAGCAGUUUAGAAGCAUCGUAAGAUGUAUACAAAGACUUAAACUGCAACGGGGGCGCAACAUAGUUAGAUAUAAGUUUUACCUACUAAGGAUAGCCAGCAUGAACAACAUCACGUUAAGAAACCCUCCUGAGGACAUUAAGACCAAAAGAAUUGUGGACAUCCUUGAGAAUAGGUUAUAUGGUAAGGUCUUCCCCGAGUUGGGAUGGAAACCCGCAAAUUGUAAAUAUUAUAAUAACUGGAAAUUAAGGAAUAAAAUAUUAAAUUAA